CUUGAGCAUGCCAUUCAGCUAUUCCAAAGGGGGGAGGUGCAAGUUGACAAUCAAAUGAGUACCCAUGGUAUGAGGGCAACAGAAAAAACUCCACUCAAGCUCAACAAAGUGUCCAGGAAGGAGUCAUCAAGUGUGCUGGCAUUCUCUGAGCAGAAUUGGGGCACCAGCACUUGUGACUAUCAUGCAUCCAUUUCUAAACACAAUAACACUGGGAUGAGUGAGAUCAUUGCUAUGGCUCACACCCUUGUUAUCCCCUCCAGG